CUAUCCAACACCACCCCCGGGACCGCUCCUUACAGCGACUCUUGUGGCCACAGUGCCAAGAGAAGCUCAUAAAGAGAAGAGAAGAUCAGAAGAGUGAUAGGGAGAAAGAGGCAGAGGGAGAUGGGGAGUGGUGGCGAAGGAAAUGGAGAUGGGAAGGAGCAGAACAUGGCAGCUUGGCUGGUGUCUGUGAACACCCUUAAGAUCCAGCCUUACCAGCUCCCACCUCUUGGCCCUCGAGAUGUUCGGGUGCGGAUGAAGGCUGUUGGUAUCUGCAGAAGUGAUGUUCAUUUCCUCAAGACGAUGCGUUGUGCCCAUUUUGUCGUCAAAGAGCCUAUGGUAAUUGGGCAUGAGUGUGCUGGGGUUAUAGAAGAGGUGGGCAGUGAAGUGAAGUCCCUGGCUGUGGGUGACCGCGUAGCAUUGGAAACAGGGAUGGGUUGCUCGCGCUGCAGGUACUGCAAGGGUGGCCGCUACAACCUCUGUCUGGAGAUGAAGUCCUUUGCCGCACCUCCUGUUCAUGGUUCCUUGGCUAAUCAGCAGUUGGUGCAUCCUGCUGAGCUCUGUUUCAAGCUUCCGGACAAUGUAAGCUUGGAGGAAGGGGCAAUGUGUGAGCCCCUCAGCGUUGGGAUCCACGCAUGCCGUCGUGCUGGUGUUGGUCCAGAGACAAAUGUGCUAAUCAUGGGAGCUGGACCGAUAGGCUUGAUCACAAUGCUUGCAGCUCGUGCAUUUGGUGCUGCAAAAAUAGUUAUAACGGACGUUAAUGAUCACCGUUUAUCAGUUGCAAAGUCUCUUGGAGCGGAUGAAAUUGUUAGAGUUUCUUCAAACAUGGAGGAUAUUGAUGAGGAGGUUAUUCAAAUACAAAAGGUUAUGGGUGCUGAUAUUGAUAUCACCGUAGAUUGUGUUGGUUUUAGCAAAACAAUGUCGACUGCUCUCAAUGCGACCCGUGCUGGUGGUAAAGUUUGCCUUGUGGGAAUGGGCCAAAAUGAGUUGACCGUCCCCCUUACUCCUGCUGCAGCAAGAGAAGUUGAUAUAAUUGGUGUCUUCCGCUACAAGGACACCUGGCCAUUGUGCAUUGAGUUCCUGAGGACUGGAAAGAUUAAUGUGAAGCCUUUGAUAACUCACAGGUAUGGAUUCUCUCAGAAGGAGGUGGAGGAAGCUUUUGAGGUCAGUGCUCGUGGUCGUGAUGCACUCAAGGUGAUGUUUAAUCUGUAGCUGUCAAGACAUGAGCCAUGAUUGCAGAGUCUGGAUAUAAAUCUCAUGUGGUUGCAUGGCAUAGUGGUUCCAUGCCAUCGUAGGAGAGAAAAGUGAGUCCAGCCUCUGUACAACUAAGAGUUCCUUUGUGGUGUUGUUAUGACAUUUCUUGUGUUUCAUUAUCCACUCUCUUGAUUGCUUUAUUUAAAAAUCCAAAUUUCUUUGCCUC